GAGGAUGUGGCCGCUUUGCGGGGCGUCUCGGGCGUGGGCCGGGGCCGUGGCGCGCUGCCGGGGAGCCCGGGCGCUCAGCGGGGCCGGGGCCGUCUCGUACACGCAGGGCCAGAGCCCCGAGCCCCGGACCCGCGAGUACUUCUACUACGUGGACCACCAGGGCCAGCUCUUCCUAGAUGAUGCCAGGAUGAAGAACUUCACCACCUGCUUCAAAGACCCGCGGUUCCUGGUCACCUUCUUCUCGCGCCUGAAGCCCAACCGCUGCGGGCGCUACGAGGCCGCCUUCCCGUUCCUGUCGCUGUGCGGCCGGGAGCGCAACUUCCUGCGCUGCGAGGACCGGCCCGUGGUCUUCACGCACCUGCUGGCGGCCGGCCCGGGCGGCCCGCGGCUGUCCUACUGCGGCGGCGGCGAGGCGCUGUCGGUGCCCUUCGAGCCGGCGCGCCUGCUGCCCCUGGCCGCCAACGGGCGCCUCUACCACCCGGCGCCCGAGCCGGCGGGCGGCGCGGGGCUGGUGCGCUCGGCGCUGGCCUACGAGCUGAGCGCCUGCUUCGAGUACGCGCCCGGGGCGCCCGCGCUCCCCACGCACGUGCGCUGGCAGGGCCGCCGCCUGCCGCUCACCAUGGACCUGGCCCCGCGGCUGGCGCCCCCGCCGCCGCCGCCGGCCUAGCGCGCCUGCGCCCCGGCCCCCGCCCGGCUCGA